AUGAAGUCCAGUAAUAAGGACGGCCGUGAUGUUGAUACGAACGUAACUGGCAUAAAGGAAAUCUCAAACUGUACUUCGUCUUUUCCCUCCACUAGAAAUAGUAAAUCAAAUACGGCUUCUCCGGUUUCUUCAAAAUGGAGGAUCCCACACUAUUAUAAAAGACAACAGCAUCAACGAUCCACUUUUUCCAAGAAAAAGACUGAUAAUUACGAGGAUACAAGCACUUCUUUACAGAGUACUAAAGAUGUUGGUAUUAAAGGUAAUUUAGUUGCCAACGAAAUGCAAAUACCAAACAAUUUAUCACCGAAUAAGAAGAACACCUCAAUAGAGGAUUCCACUUUGAAAAAUCGUGUGAAUAUUAUGCAAUCUCCUACAAGAAUACAAUUGGGUGAUAACACAUGUACACCAUCUUCCGAGUGGUCACCUAGAGGUAGGAGAUCUAAGGGUAAAAAUAAACCUAUGAUUUUUGUAAAUUAUUCUGUGAAAGACGCUGAUCAAGCAUCACCACCAAAAAUUAUAACUCCUGUUUCUACGGCAUCACCUUCCUUUGUUACCUCUUCCUCAAGUACACUCAAUCUUUUACCAAAAAAUAAAAAGUUUACCACGAGUAAUAAAACUGCUAGUUCUGAAAAUAUUACUGACACUAGUAGUACAAAUGGCCAUAAGAGAAUGCUAAAAUUAUUUAGAUCAAAAUCUGCCAUUAUAAACCGCAACAGAUCUUCUUCCAACAACGUUUCUUCAACUUCUUCUUUCAAUGGUAAUAUUUCAAGUCCACUUUCAUUGUCAUUCACUAACAAUAACGAUGCUUCCAUUGAGAUGAAUCAUGCAGCUGCUACUUUAGAGGAUGUUAGUGAGCUAAUUAGCCUAUGCAAUACUAAGAGUUUACAUUCAUCUUCUAAUACUGCUGAGAGUAAUAGCGAUAGUAAUAUACAUGAGUCGAGUAUUUUGCCAACUAAAAGACCACGUUCUAGGAAAAAUGCUGUAGCGACUACAACACAGGCAGCUACCGCUAAUUCUAAGAAUAGUAAUCCUAUAUUUGUAGAUAAUACUCAAAAUGCUGCGUCUUUACGGAAACCAAAAUUGAAAAGGUCUAAGAGUACCACCAUUGCUACAACUAAUACAAACCAUAAUAAAAUAAAUACGAAGAAAGAACAGAAUGAAGAUGAAAAUGAUGCUUCGAUUGCAUUUAACAAGAUGCUGAUUUUUCCUAGAAAAAGAACAAAUACAUGCGGGUCUAUGAAUUCGAAUUUUUCAGUCAGUAACAAUGGGGGUACUGAUAUCAACGUGAAUAAUAAUAGUUCUAUUGCAGCUGCUACUACAGGUGUGUAUCCAUCCACAAAAAAAAAUAUUGUCCGAAAUUUAUCUACAAAUUCAAUAGCAUCACUGAGGUUUUCUCCUGUGAGAAAAAGUUCGCCUCAAAGAGCAAGGUCUAGCAGUAACGUUACGUCUAGCAGCUCAAUAGCAUAUAGUAGCGGCAGUGCUACCAGUAGUACUACGGCAACCUCAAACAGUGGCAAUAAUACACCCAUUAAUUCAUUGAACAAUAAUGAUUAUGUUGGGAUAUUAAAUAAAGGAAAUUGUAUUAGUAUACUUCCUAAUGCAUACAGUGGUAAUGGCGGAUACAGUACUAAUUCCGCACAUAGACUUUCAUUUAACACAAAGGGUGUUAAUGCUUAUAGCAAUAAUAUCAAUACUAAUAACAAUCCUUUGUUAAAAACCAACGUCAUUAAUUACAACGACAACAAAAACAACAGCAACAAUAACAACAACAAUAAUAAUAACAACAACAACAACAAUAAUAAUAAUAGUAAUGAUAACAAUAACAAAACAAAUAAUUGUAUAAACGCCCCUAACAUUAAUGCCACCACCAGUGUUUGUUCAUCUUCCACGCCAUCCUCUUCGAAUUAUUAUUCAUUAACGCCUGGCAAUUCCAAUAAUAAUUUAAAUAUAAUAAAUACUAACGGUAGUAAUAGCAGUAUUUCAUCAUCUGUAUCCACCAGAGCUAAUUCUGUUACCUAUUAUAAUACGAAUAACUCUGGCGCUUUCCCCGUUUCUACGGAUAAUACUACAGGGAAUAGUAGUACAACCAUUGAUUUUACUGCAAACACAUAUAUACCUCCCAAUAUACAAGAACAGGGACAGCUAUCUUCUGGACAGUUGCAAAACAAUUUUUGUCAUCAAACUUUCCAUUCUAAUGCUACCAGUAGCUCUACUUACCUGGACACUGGUGGUAGGUCAAUUUAUCAACAUAACUAUACUAGUUGCAGUGAUGCUGGUAAUCAUAAUAAUACAGUUAGUUUGAACAACACCGACAAUAACCUUGAAAGUAAAAAAUAUGACGAUUAUUUGAUGGGUAACGACAGUAGCUUGGUGACAAAUAGUAGCGAUGAUAAUAAUAAUAAUAAUAAUAAUGUUAAUUUAACUAUAGAUACAAAUAUUGCUAAUUUGUAUACAUCAGCUGGAUUAUCUUCAACACCCGUUAUAAGCACAGCAUCAACUUUACGUCCUAUGAAUAGUGCUAUUUCUGCAGGAUCCUUCAAGGAGUUUGAUACCAGCAAUACUAGUGCUAGUAGCGCCAACUUGUACAGACAUAGUUCUAUUUCGACUGCAUUGAAUGGUGUUUUGAACAGCGAUGAUAAUUAUAAUAACAUUAUUGGCGUAAACGCAGAUGUUGGUAGUAAUGAUGGCAGCGGUAGUAAUGUUGUAAGUUCUAAAAAAAGCAGCAAGAUGAAUGGUAUAAGCGUGGUGUCUGAGUUUGAGGAUUAUGGUUUAGACACUGGAAACAUAGCAGCAAAAUCACCAUUUAAUGUUGAUAAUAAUGUUGAUAGACUUAACAUUAAUAUGAAAGAACGCAACAAUACUGACAACAAACGCAGCAAUGUCAUAAAUAAUACAGCCUCUUAUUUUGAAAAACAACAACCAUGUUACAAUAAUAUUGGUCAAUCUAACACCAUAAAUAAUAUGGAUUUGACUGGUAAAAAUAGCAUUAAUCACACUAAUAAUUAUACUGUGGUUUCAAGUACAAUGGACGAUUAUCAUAAUGAAUCUCAUAGUUGUGAUAAAAAUAGCGGUAGUAUUAUAAGAGAGUCCUGCGCCAAUAAAACUAUGAAUGAAAUUGAUAGAGGUUUUGUUGGUUUGAAUAAAGGAAGCCUUGAUAAUCACGGUGGUGGUCGCACAAUGACUGGUGAUACGAUUGAUUAUGCGAACUUUGUUAUGAAUGAGAAAACAAGAGACUCCAAUUAUGAAAAGGGGACUAAUGAGGGUGUGGCUGAUACUAUAUCGGCAUUUAAUGAUAAGAGUGUGAUAAUAAAUACUGGGAUAGGUUCUAAAGCUAUAAACCUAAGCAGAUAUAUUUCAGAACAAAACAAUUUUAGAAAGGCUAGUUCCGACUUGUUAGUAGUAAGGGAUUCUCUUACAACUACACCUGUAAUGAAGAAUAUGGGUAUGAAUUCAUCGCCUACUACUGUUAAAUUGGAUACUAAUAUUUAUUAUAACCAAACGCAUCUUAACAAUUAUGACAAUUGUAGCUUUAUUAAUUCUGAGUGCCUUAAUAACAGCGAUAUAACGCUAAAUGCUACUAACGUUGGAUCACACCUUACUACUACUAUUACUACUAAUAAUAAUAAUAAUAGUAAUAAUAAUGAUCAAACUAGUGAUAGUAACGAAAUUUUUGGGUUUCCUACUGCGCAAACAUUCGACGAACAUAUGAAUUUAUUAAUGAAUGCAAUUAAUGGAACAGAUGGAUCAACCACCACGAACUAUUACGAAGACAAUUCAACUAAUGGACUUAAUAAUAGCGGCGAUGAUGAAAACUACAUGCAAUAA